CAUUUUAGGUUAUGGCGCGCGCAUUGGACAAAGCCGCCAUUAUGUGUUCGCGACAUUAAUUCCAUCAAAAUCCGAAUUUACCAAAAAAGUCACUUCUAACCUUUGAUUCGACGUUCCACGAUGGGUGUACCAGCGUUCUUUCGAUGGCUCAGCCGCAAAUACCCAUCCGUGAUAGUCCACUGCAUCGAGCAAAAAGCCGUCGACGUGAAUGGAGUCCGCGUUCCCACCAACUCCGCCGAGCCCAACCCCAACGGGGUGGAAUUCGACAACUUGUACUUGGACAUGAACGGGAUCAUCCACCCGUGCACUCACCCCGAAGACAGGCCGGCGCCCCGCAACGAGGACGAGAUGAUGGUGGCCAUUUUCGAGUGUAUCGACAGGAUGUUCAACAUCGUGCGACCCAGGAAGCUCCUGUACAUGGCCAUCGACGGCGUGGCCCCCCGGGCUAAAAUGAACCAGCAAAGGUCACGUCGCUUCCGGGCAUCCAAAGAAACCGUCGAGAAAAUCAACGAGAUUAAGAGAAUCCGCGCCGAGUUGCUUCUAAGAGGGGCGAAGUUGCCCGACGAGAAACCCAAAGAGGAGCACUUCGACUCGAAUUGCAUCACGCCGGGGACGCCGUUCAUGGCCAGGUUGUCGGAGUGUUUGCACUAUUACGUGCACGAGAGGCUGAACAACGAUCCGGGGUGGCAGGGGAUUAAGGUGAUCUUGUCGGACGCGAAUGUCCCUGGAGAAGGUGAGCACAAAAUCAUGGACUAUAUUAGGAGGCAGAGGUCACAGCCGGACCACGACCCCAACACCCAACACUGUUUGUGUGGGGCCGACGCCGACUUGAUCAUGUUGGGUUUGGCGACCCAUGAACCCAACUUCACCAUAAUCAGAGAGGAGUUUAAGCCCAACAAGCCCAAGCCGUGCGAAAUCUGCGGUCAAUUAGGUCACGAGAUGAAAGAUUGUGUAGGGGGCGCUGCGAGCGCUGAGACCGACUCGCAGAAAGUGUCCGCUGAAACUGACUACAUUUUCGUGCGCUUGAACGUCCUGAAGGAAUACUUGGAACGGGAGUUGGUUAUGCCCAAUUUGCCGUUCAAGUAUGAGUUUGAGCGGGUUUUGGACGAUUGGGUUUUUAUGUGUUUCUUUGUUGGUAAUGAUUUUCUGCCUCAUUUACCCAGUUUGGAAAUCAGGGAAGGGGCGAUUGAUCGCUUGGUGAGGCUCUACAAGGACUGUGUCUACAAAACUGGGGGGUAUUUGACGAAUAGCGGCGAUGUAAAUCUGGAACGGGUUCAGCUGAUUAUGAACGAACUGGGAAAAGCCGAGGACGAGAUUUUUAAAACUCGCCAACAGAAGGAGUUGCAGUUUAAGGCUCGAGAGAAGGCGAAGAGGAGGAGGACUGACGGGUUUAACGAGUAUAAACCGAACUGGGAGUUGGUUAAAGGAACGCAGUUUGCGCCUAGAUCUCUAGGACAAACGACGCCUGUAGUCAACGUUCGGCAAGAAGCCUUCGCCAUUCGUAAGGCGGGAAUGCACUCACAGUCACCCCUAGAGUCAAUGCUAACCCCCGUCGACAAACAGCAAAGCAAUCGUGGCCAGAAGCGCCCCCACGAAGACGACGAAGACAAAGACAGUGACGACGAUCAAGCCCAUGACGAAGUCAGACUGUGGGAAGACGGUUUCAAGGACCGUUAUUACGAGUCUAAAUUCGACGCAAGUCCCGACAAUUUAGACUUCAGGAAUAACGUAGCCUUGCACUACGUCAGAGGCCUCUGCUGGGUCCUGCGAUACUACUACCAAGGCUGUGCCUCUUGGAAAUGGUAUUUUCCGUACCAUUACGCUCCAUUUGCUUCAGAUUUUGUUCAUAUUGCAGGGCUGAGCACCGAAUUUGAGCAAGACUCGGAACCAUUCCGGCCUUUAGAACAGUUGAUGGGUGUUUUUCCGGCGGCGAGCAGUAAGCACGUGCCGCAGCCAUGGGCAUUUUUGAUGUCUGAUCCUGAAUCUCCGAUUAUCGAUUUUUAUCCUGAAGACUUUAAGAUUGACUUGAAUGGGAAGAAAUUCGCGUGGCAGGGGGUGGCGCUGCUGCCUUUCGUGAACGAAGAGAGGCUGUUUAAGGCUUUGGCGUCGUUGUACAACGAGCUGUCGCCGCAGGAAAUCAAGCGGAACGUGAGAGGGGAGGAUAGGUUGUACGUGGGGGCUAAAAACCCGGGGUAUAAUCAGUUGAAACAGUUGUACGCGCAGAAAAUUAGCCCCAAGAUGGAGGUUCACGUGACGAUACAGCAGAUGCAAGGGACGGUUUUGUUGGCGGAGGAGAACGUCGCCUAUGGGGGCUUCUUGGAUUCUCCAGUGGUUGGUCUAGAAGGUAUCGCCAACAACACGGUCUGCUGUGUCAAUUUCCGCGACCCUAAGUACCCCUCUGGAUUUAUAUUCGCCGCUAAGCGACUAAAAGGUGCCAUUGACCCCCCACGCGUCCUAAAACCAACAGACCUAGAUCCAGAAGCUAGCAAAAACUGGCGCCCGUUUAUAGGAAUGGUUCGUUCAACAACAAGGGCCACCCUGGGAGACGCCGGUCACAGAAUGCUGGGUCACCACACACCCAAUCCAGGACAGUACUCGCACGUCCCCCCGCCCGCCAACCUCGACAGACGCAACAACUAUCCAAGACGGGAUAACGAUUACGGUGGGUACAAUCGAGGUGGCGGCUACAGUAGCUACAGCGGCUCCAGGGGCGGCUACCAGCAAGGCAGUUACAAUUCCGGCUACAAUCAAGGCCCGAACAGGAGCUCCUAUCAGAAUUACCAGAAUCGCGGUAAUUACCAGGAACGGAGCGACCAGUACAACAGACGGCCGCCAGGGCCGUACAGAGAUGGGUAUCAAACGGCGAAUUCCAACCCCCAGAAUAACCGAUACAGCUACAGACGGUAGACUUACCGGCCACGUUUUGUACCAUAAAUACCAUUAUAUUUUCACUUACUACCAAUUAUUCAAGGGUUGAAAUAUAUCACGAUUGGUCAGUAUUCACUUUUCUAUUUUGUUUUUGUACGUUUGCAGUACAAGUAUUUAACUGUGUAGAAAUAAUAGGUGUAUGUUUAGAGAUUGUUCGAAGCUAUGAUAAGUAAUAAAGUGGAUUUUAUUA